AUGCUAAGGCGUGUUGAUCUUCAAAAUUCACUUCUUGUACAAUACUUGGUGUCAAUUGAUUCAACUGUUUCUAUCGGGGUUCUUCCAUCGAAAGGGGCUGAGGGUUCUUCGAAAGCUGCUAAAGUACCAAAAAAGAAAAAGCAAACUGAGAAACCACCAACUGUGGUGGAUGAGGUUUCUAAAGAAAUUAUUCUUUCGAAAACUGGCAUUCUCAAGCAUACCAAGAAACCAGCCAAGAGACCUCAUGAUUCUUCAGUCAGGUCAUCUGUUCAAGAAUCUGAAAUCGAGACAACUAAGCAAACACAGGUUGAUUCUUCGCAUACUCAUUCAUCACAGAAGGGUAUCAAGAAGAUUAGAAAGCCUCAGUUCAACAGGAGAGGUGUAUUGUUUAGAGAAGUGCAUGUUCCUGUCGUUCCAACUUCGAAGAAACUACAAGCAUUGGAUAUGGCUCAGAAAUUGCAAAAAAAGAAAAGUAAGCACCAAGAUCCACUUGACCAAGUCACUAUCGAAGCUGAUAACGAUAGUGACAGUGGAAGAUUGGAUAUUCAAAAUGAUUAUUCUAGGCAUGAGUCACCUCGAAGGGAUUCUUCUCUCAAGUAA